AUGACACUCCAGCAAGAAGCCCGGUCCUGGGUUGCGCCCACAUACAAGACCGACGUUGAGUCCCUCCCUCAAAUAGACGAUCAAGCCCCAAGUUCCGAUGCGCUUGAACUGCCCAACGCAGAUGGCAGACCCACCAUCGUGACAUUUCUUCGGCACUGCGGUUGUCCCUUCGCCGAAAAGACCUUCCUCCGCAUGCGCGGCUCCGCCUCGAAGCACCCAAACGUCCGCUUCAUCGCCGUCUCCCACUCCGACCACGCCUCGACCGAAAAAUGGGUCGAAGCCCUCGGUGGCCCCGGCGACGUCCAGGUCAUCGUGGACCCGGACCGCGACCUCUUCGCGCGCUGGGGCCUGGGCGUGUCGAGCUUCUGGCACGUACUUAGUCCGUGGGCGCUGUGGUCUGUGUAUAGGCUUUAUAGGGACGAGGGAAUCGCGAAUAGGCCGACGGAGAGCGGGAGUAGGUGGCAGACGGCGGGGAGCUUUGGGAUGGAUGCGAAGGGGAAGGUGAGGUGGGGACGGGAGGCGAUGUUAGCGGACGAGAUCCCGGAUUUUGAGGAGGCGGUUAGGGCUGUGGAGGGGGAGCAGGAGGGAGAGGGCAGUAAGACUGAGGGGAGGGGCCCACGGGACUCGGGAGUCGGAUUUGGGCAGUAG